GUCACGAUAAUUUUAUCAAAGUAGAGAUCCCUUAUAAGUGGGAACCAUUAUCUUAAAAAUUGUAAUAUAAUAUUUGGUCUUGAUGAUACAAUGUCAAACCCAGAAACUCAAAUCAGAUCUUGCCUCCUAAACAUUACCCAAAUUGCAUCUGUUAUCCAAAAAUAGAAGGGAUUAUCAAAGUAGUGAAAUGAGAAAAUUAAUGGAGGAUGAUGAUCAUGACGAUGAGAUACAAACUUUCAUCAAGGUAUGGUUUUAUGUUGUGUUGUCAUUAGUUUAUACGUAUUUUAUCGUAUCAAAAUUGAUCCCAAAGGGAUUUCUUAGAUUGAUUUUUCUGUUACCAGUUUUCUAUCUCUUCACAAUUCUUCCAUUUUCCCUCAACUCUUUCCAUCUUGGUGCUCCUACAGCUUUUUAUCUCAUUUGGCUUGGAAAUUUCAAACUCCUCCUCUUUGCUUUCAAUCUUGGCCCAUUAUCCUCCACCUCCACUUCAAGAUUUGAUCCAUCAAAAUCAUCUGUACUUUUCAUCUCAUUAGCUUGCUUUCCCAUCAAACUCAAAGAAAACAGUUCAAAACCAAAAAUCAUCAAAGAACAUAUUCGCAUAAACAUUCAAAAUAAGAACAAAUUCUGGAGAAACCAGUAUCUGAUUUUAGGCUUAAAAACUUUGAUUUUAUCUGUUGUGGUCAAGAUUUAUGAUUACAGACAAUAUGUGAAUCCAAACGCAAUCUUGGUUAUCUACUGCUUACAUCUUUACUUUGGUGCUGAGGUCGUUCUAGGCAUAAGUCGUGCCAUAGCUAAAACCAUAUUAGGCCUAGAUUUGGCACCAGUGUUUGAUCAACCAUUCCUUUCAAACUCACUCCAAGAAUUUUGGGGUCGUAGAUGGAAUCUGAUGGUUACCAGUAUUCUACGGUCGACCGUUUAUGAUCCCGUAUGUCGUGUUUCUACGCCUGUACUUGGGAAGAAAUUAGGCCCAUUACCAGGUGUAUUCUUGACAUUCGUUGUCUCCGGAUUGAUGCAUGAGGUGCUGUACUAUUACUUGACGCGUGUGGAUCCUACGUGGGAGGUGACGUGGUUUUUCGUGAUACAAGGCCUAUGUACAAGUUUGGAGGGAGUAAUCAAGAAGUCGUUAAAUAACAAGUUGCAGUUGAAUCGAUGGGUGUCGAGGAUUUUGACUCUUGGGUUUAUUAGUGGUACAGGGUUUUGGUUGUUCUUUCCGCAACUCAUUCGCAAUGGUGUUGAUAUAAAGGCUAUAGGUGAGUAUGGGAUUAUGGUGGAAUUUGUCAAGAAUAAGCUGCACCUUUAGCUAGAAGGUCUAUUUUUUUUAUGCAUGAUGUUUGAUUGUAUUUCGAUCUUCAAAGCUCUUUGUAUCCAAAAGCUCAUUUAAGAAUGUUGUCCAUUUACAGUUCUUUAAGCUGCACAAUAUAAGAAUUGGCGCUGCCUACUGUUUUGUUGUUUUCUCGUGCUUAUUUCAUUCCUGUGUAAAUACUAACGGUUACUUAAACUUCAGUUUUGGUACUCUGA